CUCACCUUGGCUAACUUACUGUUGUUGUAUUGACACUAAAGUAUCAUACCCAAAUAAAGAAGUUUGUAAUGUGAGCCAUAUGAAGCACACCACUAGUGAGCUUUAUUCUCUGUUGUCUUUGGUCUGUGAUUAAUUUUAGUAGAGGAUUUUAGCUAGCUAGGUUUGUUUUUGUUUACCCUUGAGUUCUGUAGUUAUCAGCCGUCUGUGAAAAUGGAUCCGAAAGUAACUAGCGCGCAGAUUGAAAAGGAUGGCUCUGCGUUAGUGAUGGCCGUGUCGUGCCACGGCAUGUUUGACCUGGACAGCUGCAACGUACAGCCGGAUUCCUGUGCAUUACCCAAAGGCGCGGCCUUCGCCUUUAUCAAGGCAGUACAAACUGUCAAUCAGAGACUCUUAGGGCUGAGUGAAAAAAACAAGACGUUAUUGUUUGAAGUGGUCCUGCUUGGAAAAGACUGUGAAGAACACAUCAAAUUAAACAUAUUCGAUAGCGCAAAACAUUAUGGUCUGGAAAUUGACAAAUUUUACUUUUGCUCCAGCGAUAACUUAAUAGGGACUCUACAAGCAAACCAUAUAAACUUGUUCCUCUCACCAGAUAAAGAUGAUGUUUAUAGUGUCCUUAAAGCAGGUGUUCCUGCUGCUUUGCUGUACCAGCAAGCAGAGCAGCAGGCCAUAAAUCGGCUGAAGGUGCUUUUCUCCGGUGAUCUCAUUGGCCUUUCCGCUGACUCCAUGGUCUGUCUUAAGGAUCGUGGGUUCACCGAUGUCCACAUACAGAACUUCAAAGCAGCAAAGGAAUGCUUAAGAGAGUUUGUGGUUCGGAUCGGUGAGAUGAAGAGGAUGUUUGGGCACGAAGGCAGCCCUCUGCACACCAGCCUCAUGACGGUGUGGGGGUCCAGGGACGUGUGCGCCUCAGCCCUGAAGACGCUCCGAGGCUGGGGUCUGGAUGUAGACGAGGCCUUCUGCCUGGCUGGGGCCACGUGCGGCCCCAUCCUAGCCCUGCUUCAGCCACACAUAGUGUGGGACAAUGGACUGCAUAAUCUGAAAGGAGUCGCUCCUCUCCUGAGCAGUUAGGAGGGAGUUCGGUGAGGGAUUUGCCUUCUAUGUAAUUACUCCAUGUGAAGCAGAUGCUAGCUUGGUUUUCAAGUUACAAUUUGCAGAAUGAAUGUUUGGUGUGAAAAGAUUCUUAGAAACUUGAUCGUUACCUCCACUAUUUUUUAAUGUUUAAAUAUAGUGCAAUAAAGCAAAAUGAAGAGCUGUAUAAACCUAUUGCAUAUUAGUUGCUUUACCAAUUCAUAAAAUAUAGAAAAUAUAGGGUUUCAAAGAGGGGAAAAUGUUAAAGAAAUUCUGUAAAAUUUGGCUGCACAAGUACACAAAAUAAAUGCAGCAAUGAGCACAAGGCAACAGUG